CAAGUGUGAAGAGAAAAACUCAGAUUAUUGCUCAGACAGACUACAGCUCUGUAAAGAAGAGGCGCUUAACAAAACCAGUUAAAGGAAGGAAAAGCGUCUGAGGUACUGUGAGUAAAAGCAGCAGUAAUGAGAGUCACUCAGAUUGUACAGUUCUUUUAACGCCCUCCCCCCACUUGAUCUCCAUUGUGCUGUCUUUUUAGCCCCCGCUCCGUUUCAAACACAAACAUUUAGUCUUUAUUUGUGAAGGGCAUCACUAGGGAAAUGGUUGCCCCUUAACAAAAAUUUACACAAUGUAAGACCGGGGGUGAUUUACCCAUCUCUCUCCCUCUCGCUCUCCCUCCUUUUGUGUCUUUCUCUUUCAUUACUUCCUCCUCUCUUGCUUCAUCUUUUUUUGCUUGUGUACUUUAGACCUCACGGCUUUUUUUUAGCACAGAGUUUUCUUUUUUUCCCUCUCUCGUUCUCUCUUUCCGUUCUCGAUUUUUGCCUUCUCUGUGCCACAGUGGGUGGGAACUCAAUUUUUAAUCACCAUGGGAGACUGAGGCCGAGUGUACAAGGAAGAAAAAGAAGAGGGGGAGGAGGGCUUGCAGAGACGGAGGAAGGGAGACUGGACUGGAGAUCUGUGCUAUGAAGUGCCAGAGAGGGAGAGAGAGAAGGGGUUUGAACUGUUCUUGCCCGCGGACAUACAACUCCAGACACAUUAAGCAACUAGGUAAAAGCCUGGGUAAAUUCUCUAUGUACAUAUGUGCCUUCCCACGGGCAAAGCGUGGCUGGUUUUCCCAAGCUUUACAACCCUUUCUAAUCUGCUAAUCAACCCAGCAUUUUCUAUCAUUAGCAUCAUAAUAUUAAGUACUCUUCUCCUUCUACAGUGAACACAGGCUGACUUUCAAGGAGAAUGCACUGAAGAGAGUAAUAGCUGGAUUUACAUUUUAAUUCAUGUCAAUGAGAAUGGGAAGUGAGCAUUAGAUGCAGAUUAAUUAAUAAACCCUCAGCAUCUACAAGUACACCAGUGAGAUACUGCAACUCUAAAGACAUAAAACGGUCCCACAUGUAUGUUAAACCCUCCUACAGCUGUGGUCAGUGACAGAGACGCUGAACUGACCAUGUGUCUACAGUCCCCAAGGGCUCAGUCACGGCAAGAUACAAUCAAUAGCAUUUAGCGGCUGCUAACUGUGGUGUUAGACGAACAACCUGAGGUCGUAUCCACCACAUCUCUUUUCAAGAAAACCACCUGGGCAUGACUAAUCUGUGCGAUGGCUCUUCUCACCGCAACCGCUGCACCCAUCGCAUUAGGAUCUGGGUUAGUCCGAGACCAAAAAUAAACCCUCAUUCAGUCUCAGCAGACCGCUUACUCACUGAUGACUUCGGUCGAUCCUCAAAGCUGAAUGCACGCCCUCGGAUUCUAUUAUGUGACACAUUGGGCCUCAUUAAUUCUCCGCCACACAAAGGACCACUUUCAGACCAUGCCGGUCAAGGUCAAAUCCUGGCUACGCUGCUUUACUCUGAGCCCAAAACUGGAUGUGCUGUGAACAUUUGCAAGAGAUUCGGAGAUGGGAGAUGUAGGACAUUCGAACAGCCUCAAGAAAAAACGAAGUGUUUUAACCUACUGAUAUUAAACCUUUUCAUCCAACAACAAAGACUUAGGGAUGAAGACAAUUUUAUUUUUUAGUCAGUGAAGCUUAAGUAUGUUUCAAUGCAGCAGCUUCCACUUAUGGCUCAGCCAGUGUAAGUAGAGAUCACUAACUAAGCCACACCGAGGAUUUGCUAAUAGCAUCAGAUCUGCUUAUUUGCAGCAGGAUGACUUUCUGCCAGGCCUUCUCGAGUUGAUGACCUGCAGCACUUCCACCGUGCACCAAUACAUCACCAAUUUAAGGUUAAUGCUAAACUGUCCACUGCAUACUAACCCAGCAGCUUCAGUUGGAGGACAAAGGUAGUGAGGCAAGAUGUGCAUGACAACACAUAUAAGAAGUUAGAUUUUCCCAACAACAGGAAUGUUGCACUACCGUCUAUAUAUUCUCUAUGAAUUGCUUAAAAUCAUUCAAACACUGCUUUUUAACUUUUUAACCCACAUACCAUCAUACCAUAGUAGAUGCUUGACAGGCCUUAGGGGUGGUGGAAAUAGCUAACCAACUUUAUGAUUUUCUGGGCUGAACUUAGACUGGGAUAACGUCACGACUGACAUUGGAUUAGCUAAAAAUGCCAUUGGCAACGUGAAGAAAAUUAAACCUCCCUCCUUCAAUUGGCUCCAGCUAACUGAGGCCUCAAACUAGAUGAGAGACAACAGAAGGAUGUCCUUUAGUUCUGUUGAGUCAGCUUCAUGUGCAGUCCGGGUCAUGAGGAAUGCAUGUGCUCCUUUGGUGUUUAGCGGGGAAGCCCAGAAAACAAGGAUCGCUACUGUUGUAGUAUUCUGCCAACAGAGUCUGAGCCUCGACCUGCUCUCAGACAUGGAAGUGAAAGUCGCUGCUGGUGUCACAACAAGCAGAAGUCAACGGAUAAAGACCAGGGCGGGCACGAAACCACCAGUUCCAUCCUCUCGCGCUCAAUAAAUGUAUGAAUGGGCCUAAAAGAACUAUAACAACAGCUGGAUCAGACUGAGCGGCACUACUAGUAGAACAAUAUAACUCACUUCGGUGCUCUAAUGCGGCCAAGGCAAUGCUGACAUCUCCUCUGAAUCCAAAGGCAUCAUCAUGCUGAAAACGGAGGCCUCGGGGGAGAGGACCAGCCUCCGGAGUGCCUCCCCCCACCGUAACGCCUACCGGGCUGAGUUUCAGGCACUCAAGAAGGCCUUUGACCAGCCUCAGCUCGAUGGAGACUCAAAGCCCAAAGACCUCGAGCGGGUGAAACAACCGAGGGGACGCCAGUAUGGCACACACGUCAGUCGCAUUAAGGACAUGUUCAUGCAAAUGGGGUCAGAGAAUGCAGCUGCUAAGACCAGGGGUCGUGAUGAAUCUUCACCACAAAAGCUGGUGAAGCCCACGAACUUCGUCAAUAAGGCUGAUGGAUCAGUGAUAAAACUUCAGCAUUCUUCAUCAACUGAAAGGAUUGGAGGUGCCGGGGCGAAGUUUUCCGAAACCAGAAAGCUAUUUGAACAACAGUCACGCGACCAGUCCCAAUCACCAGUCUUUCCCUACGGCCGUGAUAAAAGGGGUUCCCAUGAGCACCUCGAUGACUGGCGAGGGGCGAGGUCCAACCGAGGCAGUACAGACUCCUUGGAUUCUCUGUGCUCCAGAACAGAGGCAUCCUCACCAACUGUCAGCCAACUCAGUGCUGUUUUUGAAAACGCUGACCACCACAACCAGGGGGUUUCAUACAGAGGAGUCAGCAGACGAGCCCUCUACUCACCUGACGGAUUCCAGCGCCAUGGUGGAGACGUCAGUGAGGAUGAUUCUCUUCGACAAUCUCCAGUUCGUGGAACCUACCGGAACAGGAUAGGGGGCAAGUUACCCACAUCCUCGUCUUCGGAGGACCUUCUGAGCCCGAGUCCUGGAGUAGAGACUUCAGAGCGCAAACAAGAUGCUCCACAAAAGGAAGAAACCCAAGACAAAGCUGGAGAGGCUACAGCGGGAGAAGGACAGCGGUUUUCUGGUGCUUCCACCAAUGGAAACCAGAUUAAUGGUUCUUGUGAAGAAGAGGAGAAACUGCAGGACACAACAAAACAAACUGAGGAUCUCGGAGCCUCCAAAUCCUCGAAACCUACACAUGGUGCUGUAAUUACAAACAAAGCUUUAGAGGACACCACUCACGAGUCGCUGCCGACCACCAGGGAAAGCCAAGAGGACAGAGAUGCUUCAAAGGAAGAACAAUCUUCCAAGGACCAGAUGGACGAGCCUGAUGAGGAAUACACUGGGAAUGAGCGGGUGAUUUUUAACGCAGAUGGGGACGCCUGUUACCAGGGCUGGGGGGAAAGUUGCACGGAUCCCGAGGAUGACCUCUACGGUGACGAUGACGAGGACAUUGUCUACGACCCGGGGUCCGAUCUGACAGAGAUUCCUGGUCUGCCGGAAGAAAACAAAGAGGACAUCCCUCCGAAGAGGAAGAUUCGCUUCAGCAGUGCUCCUAUUACAGUGUUUAACACCUACUCCAAUGAAGACUAUGACCGACGUAAUGAGGAGGUGGAUCCCGUGGCCUCCUCUGCUGAGUAUGAGCUGGAAAAGAGGGUGGAGAAACUGGAGCUCUUCCCUGUGGAGCUAGAGAAAGAUGAAGACGGCCUGGGGAUCAGUAUCAUCGGGAUGGGUGUUGGUGCUGACGCAGGCCUGGAGAAACUGGGCAUCUUUGUUAAGACUGUCAUUGAGGGUGGAGCUGCGGAGAGAGAUGGCAGAAUCAAAGUUAAUGACCAGAUCGUGGAGGUGGAUGGGACCAGUUUGGUGGGCGUCACUCAGAGCUUUGCUGCCUCAGUCCUCAGGAACACAUCAGGAGUUGUCCGGUUUGUGAUCGGCCGGGAGCGUCCAGGUCAGCAGAGUGAGGUGGCCACGCUCAUCCAGCAGACCCUGGAGCAGGAAAGGAGACAGAGAGAACUACUAGAGCAGCAGUACGCCCACUAUGACGCUGAUGAUGAUGAGCAGACGGGAGAAUACGCCACAGACGAAGAGGAGGCAGGAACAACAGUGGCAGGAGGAGAGAAGAGCAUCGAAGUGUUUGACUUACCGGAGACGGAGGAUAUCUUGUCUCCGUCGGAGCUGGAUGCCACUAAACUCUACCAGAAGUUCAGAGAGCUCCAAAUCAAGCACACGGUGACCGAGGCCGAGAUCCAGAAACUGAAAAACAAGCUGGCGUCAGUGGAGCGGGAAAAGCAGCGCUGGGAGAAGGAGAAGAGCCAGCUGAAGGCCAGCAUCGAGGAGAACAAGGAAAGGAUGUUGAAGCUGGAGAGCUACUGGAUCGAGGCGCAGACGCUCUGCCACACUGUCAAUGAACACCUGAAGGAGGCCCAGGCCCAGUACCAGGCCCUGGAGAAGAAGUACAACAAAGCCAAGAAGCUCAUCAAAGACUUCCAGCAGAAAGAGGUGGAGUUCAUCCAGAAGGAGGAUGCAGAGAGGAGGCGGCUGGAGGAGGCUGAGAAAGCUCACCUGGCUGAGAUCCAGGGACUGCAAGUCAGGAUUGCAGCAUUAGAGUCGGAGCUAAUGCAGCUGAUGAAGCAGAACGGCAUCCAGGUCAACAACAACAACAGCAGCAGCAGUUCUGAGAGGCUCAGCGCUCAACAGCACAGCCCGAGCCGAGCUGCAACACAAGCCAGAGACAUGAAGGAGGGCUCUCCCCACUCACCCAGCAAAAUAAAGGGCUACGGAGGAGUUCCCAGAGACAGCAUCUGCUCCACAGAAGGAGAGAUCUCUGAAGGUCGUGGAAGUCAAUCCCACAGCCACUCUGGUCCGUUUCGUAGUGUGGCCUCUUGCGAUGGAGGAGUUCCAGCACUUAGGGUCCAGGCCAGUGCAGAGGGCUCCCCCAGAAAAACACUCCACGGUUCUCAGUCUCCGAGCCCCUCUCAUAGUUUGGAGGAGCAGAGACCAGCUCUGGACCCUGGGAAAACCAAAGUGAAGGACAAAGAUCCCAGAGCUUCACCUGGAAACAGUUCCACAGAGCCGUCAGCAGAGGACAGUCCAGAGUACCUCAAGGCCAAGACUGCACUCACAUGGCCCCACUUCUUCUCCUAUUCACAUUAUGUGGCACCCACUUUGUGCGAUGAUCUGAGUGCCAGCAGCAGCAGCUCAGUGGAGAUCAGCGGUCUGCUCAGUGAAGCCAAGAUGUCAGGACGCUCACACACGCUGGUGCUGUCCUCAGAUGAGAGUCUGGAUAUGAUAGAUGAUGAGAUGCUAGACGAGGGGCAGUUUUCAAAGCAGUACCAGUGGCAGAACCGCAGCAUUACCGAAUGGACUUCACAGCAAGUGGCCCACUGGCUUAUGGGCCUAAACUUAGAACACCAUAUCCCAGAAUUCACUGCCAAAAAUAUAGAUGGAGUGCAGCUGCUUCAGCUGAGUAGCGCUGAGCUCAAGGCUCUUGGGGUCACUUCUUCCCAGGAUCGAACGCUGAUCAAGAAGAAGAUCAAAGAUCUUAAAGUUAUGAUGGAAAAGGCCAAGAGGAACCAAGAAAAGAUGGAGAAACAGCGCGAAAAGCUGCGGAAGAGAGAGCUGGAGCAGCAGCAGAAAGAUGCACGUAAAGAAAGUGCGGCGGAGUGAAACGAGCCCUCAGAUUACCUCCCGCUUUACUGUAGCACCACACCAAGUAGCAUCUUGCAGAACAGAACGUCAGCAGGCCCCACAAACGAACCCUGAGGGACGCCCGCUCAGUAGUUCAGUAGUUCUGAAAGGUGGAGCUCCACACCCAGCUGUCAGUUGUUGUUGAGUGACCUUUUCACCAACCAAAUGAAACCAAAAGGAUCAGCUGGAUAACAGAAUGGUGCCCUUCAUUUGCCUCAUUUUACACCCAUCCUGUGUUUUUAGCCAGAGUUUAUGGAUUCUGUUUUGCUGUUUAUAGCUGUAAAUUGGUUUUAUUUAUUCAUAUCCAGAGUGCGCCUGUGAAAAGUUCAUCUCUUUUACCUACCACAUCAUCUCUAGAGACUUCUCUUACCCAUCAUAGCACCUUUAGACAUAGACAUGUACAUGUACAGUGAUAAAUAAGGAUACAGAUGAUGUGCCAUUUCAAUAGACUUAUGUAUAUCCUGCUCAAAUCUAAAGAUCAGUGGAAUCUCUUUAUGGCUUUUACGAAGCACAUACAGUUCAGGUCUUUGUGUUGGAUUACAUGAGGCAGUGUUCAUCUCCCACCACCGGGUGUCCCCAUGCUGCUUACUUUCACUACUGAAUAAGGCAACACUGGAACUUUCCUAAAGGAAUUGAACUGGAAAUGAAAGAUUCGCCGGGAGGAACGAGCGCUCCGAUUUCUUGCAAGAACACUGGAAGUGCAACCACUGUAAAUUUGACCUGCCUACUGGCUUACAGUGCCCCUUACCGUAUACAUGUAUCAUACUCAAGCCGUUUAAAGUAUGAAUGAUGAAGACAUACUAAACUGACUGGACUUGUUCUAAUAGAGAUUUCAGGUACUGUGUAAUUAUUACAUUUGUAACUUACCUAACCCGAACCACAAAAAACAGAAAAGUUGAUAAAAAUGAAACUUCUUGCUUAAAUGCAUAAUGUUGCUUUGACUCCCCCUUGCAACCUGCUUUUGACCUCUUUUUAUAUUCUCUCAGUAACAAAGUAAUACCUGCCGCUGCCUUUAGAAAUUCCAGCUUAGUAGAAUUUUUCCAAACUCUGCCCGCUUCUGUGCGAGUGUCACGACACAUACGAUAGACUAAACUACGUCCUCAUUCCUGUCAUUUUAUUAUCUCCGAUGACCAAGCUUUGUCAUGCAGAUUUCUCUGGAAUGUCCUGAAAAUAACAUUUUGUAAUGCUGCCAUAAAGAUGCUUUGUGCGACACCUAAAGUGCAGAAACUGUCCUUAAAGAUGAUCUCACCUAAAACGUUGAUGUUACACUGGAAUUGAACUUUACAGCCAGAAUAUAUUUUGGACUUUAUUCUGAAUUUGGUUCAUCAUUGUUGGAACGAUUUAGGUUAUUGUUUUAAGAUUUCAAAGCUCACUGAGAGACAUUUUGCCUGUGUUACUUCUUUAUCAUUCCCAGGAAUUAUUUUAUAGGUUGACAUUAAAUGUAGAGACACCACAGCCACCAUGAGAGAUAUACAGGCAGCUGUGAUGAUAUCUUUAUCUUAAUGACCCUGUCUGGUGUGCUGCUAACAGGCUGAGAAGAAUAGACGGGGUAUCAGUGCGGGUAUCAAUGAUAGUAGAUUGUGUUAUUAUUUAUUUAUUCCUGUAUUUAAUGAAGCAAUGUACUAUUGUUUAUGAUAACGAAAUAAGAGGAUUAUUAACAUUUAAUAAUUAUUUAUCCAGAAUUGUAUGAUUACCUACUUUUGCCAAACAUGAUCAGAAAGUGAUUUCAAUUCAAAUGGCUGUUAUCAAAUGAAGGAUUUAAAGGUCAAUAUUGCAAUGAGAGAAAAAAGUCAGUAGUAUAGUCCCAUUGUGCUUGUGGUUUUCCUCUAAUACCACCAUAGUGCUGCUCCCGUGCUACUCUAAUAAACUGCUCAUGAUGUAUUCUCAUGAAAUAUUUUGUAACACUUGAAUCCUUCUGUUAAUACCCCUCCACACACACCCUGACAAACCAGUCAGCAGACUCUUUUGUAUGUAUAGUAAAACACUGAAAGCAAUAUGCUGUAAGAGUCCUAAAGAAGCCUUGUUUUGUAUUGUGUCAAUGUGGGUGCGCAGUUUUCCAGAGGGCUGAGGAUGCUUAAAGGUCAGACCUGAGCUAAAAACGGGAUUCCAGAUUUUUUCUAUGUGCUUGACCGAUCUUGCCAGGCAUGAUGAAACCAUCGUAUACAUGGGACCUCAGUGCUCCCGGCGGGCAGAGACACAAAUGAAUCAUGUCUGGAAGGUUCUGUCUUUUUAUGUAUGUAGGGAUAGCAAAAAGAUAUUUGCCACAAACUGCUAGUCAUGCUUUCACUUUUAAAAAAAGCUGUGCUUAUUCUCCUCUUCCUCCUUUUUUUUGUCAUUGCCUUGCUGUCACAUUCUGAAAACUUUGAAAGGGCAGCUACCUGUCACACUGAAUAAAAUGUGCAGCCACUGUC